AUGUGGAUGGUGGUGAGUGAGGAUCCGGCUGGUCGUCUCCGCUAUCAGUACCACAGUCUGCCGCCUCCGUCGUCUCACUCUCUCACUCUCCCUCCGCCCACCGCUCCGUCGCCUAAUCCGUCAACUGUAUCGGCUGCUGGGGCUCCAAUUUAUUCGUCUACUUCUUCCGGUCGCCAUAUGCAGCGUUUCGCACGUGGCGGAUGUCUUAGUUUUCCCGAUUCCAUGGGAUCCUCCCCACGUACCAACCCACGCAGCAGUCAUACACUUCCGAACGAAGGACAUUACUACGAAAUGGAGCAAUAUGAUAAUGUUAAUGACUAUUCUACCUAUGGAGGUCCUGAUUCUACAAGUUCGGCUAGUUCCUCGGCCGAAUAUCAAGAUCCUGUCUAUUCAACGAGAUAUGGAGGAUCUGCCACUGGUACUUAUGCAAGACGACACAAUUAUGCGAGAUGCUACGUGCCAAUAUCUGCUGAUGCUUUCUAUUACUAUCAUCAGCAACACCAUCAGCAGCAACAAAAUCAACAACAAACUCAUAGCUAUCGACCACGUCAUCGUUCUUCACACCAUCAAGAACAACGACGACACAGAGCACCGAGUCCGGAUCCAGACUAUUCACCACCCCUUUCAAGAAACAAAGUACGGUUUCAUCUUCCGAAUGAGCCAGUAUCUCGGGGUGAAUAUGUAAGUAACACUUAUCAAACAUCAAGACAAAUGAAAGUGUUCAAUACGGAUGACUUUGGAGACGAAGAGGAUGAAUACGAAGCAGUUUCAUUGAAUCCAGAUCCUGCACCACAUCAUCAUGAUUCCGUUUUAGUUCAUGGUUCGAAUGGACAAGUAUCUGUGAUGGUCAAAAAAGAAGAGCCAAUAUACUGUUCUGGAGGAAGUGAUAGUGCUGAAAGUAGUAGUGCGACGCCUUCAUCAGUAGAAGCUGACACUCCACCUCCAAUUCCAACUCAUCCACCUGCAAGGCAUCGAUUAGUGAAGAAGAGUCAAAAAGAGUUGAACGCUAGAUCGAACAGCAAUUCGCAAAGUGGAAUCGGAUCCACUCCAACUCGUCCGUUCGAAAUAACUCAGGCAUAUGGGGGUACAAUACGAGGACCUCCGAUGACUAUCGGUGGAGGGCAGGGAAUAACUCCGAUGGGAACGAUGGCAGCUGCACCGCAUUCUCAUACACAACCAGAUGGCAAUGCUAGCAGCAGUGGUGGUUCAUGGUUCAGAAAAGACAAGAAUAAAAAGAAGGAUAAAAAGUCGAAAAUCAAAAAGGAGGACAUUUCGAAUCCGACGAACUUUCAACACAAAGCUCAUGUUGGUUGGAAUCAAGACAGUGGUUUCUCGAAUACAGUGUACGAUGAUGAUAUGGAUGAAGCAACGAGGAAUAUUCUGAAGGCUGCAGGUUUGGAAAGCAACAAUUUGAACGAGGACGAUAAGAAGUUUGUCAAAAAGUUCAUCGCAAAGAAUUACGACAAGUAUGUGUCGGUUGGGAAUCUUGAUCCGUCUCAAAUAUCUGCUCCACUUCCACCGGUGCAGAAUUGCCAGCAACCUGCCCCACAAUCAUGGAAUCAAACUCCAGCUCGUCCAUACAGACCAGCUUUUCCUUCCUCAGCUCCAAUCGGAAGUUCCUCUUAUUCAUCUCCGGCUGCGCCCCCACCGCCAGCAAGGCUAGAAUCACAUGGGUUGGCACCAGCUCGCCCGCCUCCACCACCACCAUCAAACAACAAUUCUCAUAGAGGCAUAGCUCCAGCAAGACCUCUGCCACAGACACCAAGUUAUGGUACUCCGGACACUCGUCCGCAUGCAAUGCCACCGCCGCCACCACCACCUCCUGCUUCUGGAAUCGCUCAAGUAUCAACAUCAGCUCCACCACCUCCACCGCCACCACCACCAAUGGCAAUGCCGGCAGCUGGAGCUGGAGCACCACCGCCGCCCCCUCCUCCACCACCACCAUCUGGGAACAUCCUCGCAAGUCUGCCACCAGCACAAAACGGAAGAUCGAACUUAUUAGCUGAGAUCCAAGCCGGAAAGCAGCUACGAACUGUACAACAGAAUUCAUCUAACGAUGCACCAAAAGGUGGAGAUGCUCGUGGAGAUGUGAUGGCUCAAAUUCGACAAGGAGCACAACUGAAACACGUACGUUUUGAGGAGGAAGGAAAUCUAAUUGAUCUGAAACUUGAACAAUUUCAGGUUGACGCUGCUGCUGAACAAGAGAGACGGAAGAGUGCAACAUCUGGAGCUGCUGGAAUGGGCGGGCUGGCAGGUGCUCUGGCAAAGGCACUUGAAGAACGGCGUCUGAAUAUGGGAAUCGAUGAUUCGAGUGAUGACGAUGAAGAAGAAGACGACAAAAAUGAAUGGUCGGAUUGA